AUGUCUUUCGAUGUCAGUGAUAUUCUUUUAGCCAACUGCUGGGACUCCAAACUCAUCGAUCACGGGACCUACUUAACCCCAGCUGGCGAAAAUAUUAUUCCUUGUGCGACACCUGAUGCCGCUUCAAGUUUUAUUCCUGUCGAGCUCUAUGAAUAUCCAUACAAAGGAAAUGGCUUCGACUUCGUGGAAGCACAGAACACACAAAUCGAUUUACUGAACAGUACCAGUUGUUUGCCAAUGUCACCUAAGUGCGAGGAUGUUGGUCACACUACCCGGCAUUCCAAGCAAUCGACUGUUCAUAAUGACAAUACUGAUACAACCCCUCUCUGCACGAUUCAUAGUCGGCAAAUACGCAUCAGAUCCUCAAAUUCUGGUGCAAGUGGACGAGCAGAGUCUAGAACUGGUCCCAAAGCACAUAAUCAGGAAAGGAAAAGAAUCAGCGACAAAAGACAAGCUCAUUCUAUCAUUGAACGAAGAUAUCGUGACAAGGUAAAUAACAAAUUGAAGGAGUUGUAUUUUACACUGCUCGAGGCGAAGCAUCGGAUACGCUCGCGGACUGAGGCCUCGGACUGUGUUGUGAUGAGCGAGCCAUCCACUAGCAAGAAGUCCGACGUGAUCAACGAUGCUAUCAACUACAUUCACGAGUCUGAAAUCAACUUUCGGCACAUGGCAGACGAAAUCCAAAGCCUCAGGACUCAGAUCAACGACCUUGAGAAUAAAAAGAUGGCUUGA